GCGGCUUCUGCGUCUGGAACCUUCUCUGGCCCUGAGGGCUCGUAUCGAUCGCUGGUCAGCAGCAGUUGAGCAGCUUCAGCCGCUCUACGAAUGGCAUCAUAACGCACACGCGGAAUGAUUCCUCUUCUCACUGUUCUUCUUCAGCUGUUCGAUCUGCUUUCAGCCCAGCUUGAAAGCUCGAUGGGAAUGCAAUCGAAUUUGGAUGCACCACCAAAACAGUUACCACAAUGUUCAGGAGAAUGGCAAUGGCCUUGUCGAAAUGGUGAAUGUAUAGCACGUUAUGAUGUUUGUGACGGAAUUCCACAAUGCUCAGACGGAUCAGAUGAAUGGAAUUGCGAAAAUUGGAGAGCAAGACAAAACCAAUAUGAUGGUGGAUUACAAGGAAAUGUAAACCGCCCAGUACCUACUACACAAGCAACGCCUACUACAGGGGCGCCCGAAGAUAGUUCCACAUGGCUGCCCACAAAAGAAGAAUUUUUGAUAUUGGCAGCUUUUGCAGUUUUGGCCGUGUUGAUAGUGAUGGUCAUUCGACGACGUGCACGAGCAAAAGUACUGGCGCGCAAUCGCCGUGGCAAUCUGCUACAGGCUGAUUCCGAUGAGGACGAUAUUCUGAUCAGCUCAAUGUACUCAUAGAAGCCAAAAGAAGAAAUUGCUAAACUACGCGUUGUUCAUCUCGCUUUGACGUUCUCGACAAUUUGCACAAGCUAGACUAGUUCCACGGCGAGUCUGAAA